GCGAGGAGCCGGCCCUAGGCGCGAGCGCGCGCUCCCCGCCCCCAGCCCCCGAGUGGCUCGCGGCUCGCGGCCGGCUCCGCGCGCCGCAUAGCCGGGUGCAGCGCAGCGCAGCGCCGCGGCCUUUCGGCAGCUGAGCGACAGCAGCGGGUCAGGACAAAGAGGUGUGGGCAGGCUGCUGCCUGGCUGGUGCCAUCAUGGCAGAGAAAGUGAAUAACUUCCCACCACUGCCCAAAUUCAUCCCGCUGAAGCCAUGUUUCUACCAAGACUUUGAGGCAGACAUCCCUCCCCAGCAUCUCAGCAUGACCAAGCGCCUCUACUACCUCUGGAUGUUGAACAGCGUCACGCUGGCCGUGAACCUCGUGGGCUGUCUCGCGUGGCUGAUCGGAGGCGGGGGAGCCACCAACUUUGGCCUCGCCUUUCUCUGGCUCAUCCUCUUCACACCCUGCUCCUACGUCUGCUGGUUUCGGCCCAUUUACAAGGCCUUCAAGACUGACAGCUCCUUCAGCUUCAUGGCAUUCUUCUUCACCUUCAUGGCCCAGCUGGUCAUCAGCAUUAUCCAGGCCGUGGGUAUCCCAGGCUGGGGCAUCUGCGGCUGGAUUGCCACCAUCUCCUUCUUCGGGACGAACGUUGGCUCAGCAGUGGUAAUGCUCAUUCCUACCAUCAUGUUCACGGUCAUGGCUGUCUUUUCCUUCAUCGCCCUCAGCAUGGUUCAUAAAUUCUACCGGGGCAGUGGGGGGAGUUUCAGCAAAGCUCAGGAGGAGUGGACCACGGGGGCGUGGAGGAACCCGCAUGUGCAGCAAGCAGCCCAGAAUGCAGCCAUGGGGGCGGCCCAGGGGGCUGUGAAUCAGCCGCAGACUCAGUAUUCCGCCACCCCCAGCUAUGCAUACUCCAACGAGAUGUGAGCCAGCCGAGCCUGCUGUGAGGCGGGGCUGCGGGCUGGUGGGACGGGGGCUCAAGCCACAUCAUCUGUUGUGGUGACCAAGCAGGGUUCCCCCUUCCCUUUUCUCUUCCUCCACUUUGUAUAAAGAAUCAGAGUUAUAUAUAUAUAUAUAUAUAUAUAUAUAUAUAUAUAUAUGUAUGUAUGUAUAUGUCUACCCCCCACCCUCUUGGAUUUUGCUCUGAGCAUUUGGAAAGCUGCGGGCUACAUGUGGAGCUGUCCCUUGCGGCGGUAGCUGUGUCCAUGUCCCCUUGUGAAAUAGUGUGACGUGGAGGUCUCUGUUGUCGUGGUGCUAGAUGUCUGUUUAGAACUAAACCAGCCCCCACCCUCCCCCAGGCCACGCCCUCUGACUUUGCCCAAGGACCCUUCAUGGGGCAGGAGGAGGCAUAGCAGAGAGAGCCUGGCCCUCUCCCCAGGGUUAUGAGCUGAAGCUGUUUCCGCUUUUGGUCUUACUGGGAAGCAACAGUAUUUAGCACUUAUGGGGGUGGUGGGUGGGAGGGUGAGAACAGGCAGGGGCCUUCUCUUCCUCCUUCUGAUCUGGGAUCCUCCCCCUCAACCUCUUCUUCCUCUCGUCCCUUCUUGCUGUCACAUUCCCUGUGGUCUCUUCUCUUGCCCAAGGUCUCUCUCUUCCCCAUAUGGCUUUCUGUCUUCCCCAAGGCUGAAUGAAUUUGUAUCUGCUCCUGAGACUGAGCCCUUUCCCAGAUCAAGGAAGCAGACGGGAGCUGAGCUUUAGCCCUGAUGUGGGAGGGCACACAGGUGCAGACCCCCCCACGGCACCUGACUCCUAAGGAAUGGCAAUGCAGGGUCAUCUCCUGGACUCCCAGAGCUUGGCCUGUAGGGGCAGGCUCCUCUUUUCCCUGCUUCCCCUCCUUCUCUUCCUAGCACCCCCCUCAAGCCCCUCUGCCUGUGUCCCUCCCCAAACCCCCAGCUGCUAUGGCCUGAUUCUCUUGUCCUACCUCCAUCACAUGCCAGAGGCAUCUUCCAUCUACCAAGGCGGAUUCCACUGCCUUCCCUGAAGAGCUGGGUGGUAUCCAGGCAAUUUCCAUGCAAAGGCGCAGCUGGAGCAGAGGACGUGUAAAUAAUUAUUGGUACCUGUGUGAGGUCUGGCUGGUUCAAGCCCCCUGGGAGGUAUUGGGUGUCCCGGAGUGACCGACCAUCGGAUUCCUGGCAGCAGUAGCUGUUCUGUGUGGGUCUGGUAGAAGGGACAGGCUCAGAGUGCUGGGCCUGGAGGGAAGAUCAGAGGAGAAGGCAGGCAGAACUCAGUGAGAGGGGAGCAUGCCUCCCCCAUGCCAGCUAGCUCUUCGUCACAGGGCAGUUCUGGGCACUUGAACUCAGGGCCCAAGAAGAGGCAGAGGCCCAAUCCUAUCUGCAGGCACAAUGGCUGGAGUGGGCUUUCAGGUUAGGUGCGGUGGGAAGGAAGGCUCUCUGGCUUUUGUUUUUUAAAAAAAUCAAAAUAACUUGUUCCCUUUUGCUUAUUGGCUUUAGUUCUCGGCCUUCUUCAGCCUGACCGAAUCCCUUUCCCUUCCAGGACAGUGACUUCAGGCCAGUAGGUCUGUUCUGUUCCAAGCCUUGUGAGAAUGUUGCUGGUAAAGCCCCAGCUCUUUGAGGUUGGGAGGGGAGUGUCGCACUCAAGGAACAGCUGCCCACUUCCUACCCUCCCUUCUCCUAUCUGGGUGUUUGGCCUGAAAAACCAAACCCUGCUUGGCCAUUGUGGGCUGGCUCCAGCUUGGAACCCAGCUUGGUCAAGCUCCAAAUACUGUAUUUUCCUAUAAGGGGAGCCGGGGCCUCUGGGAAGUUCUCUUCCUAAUGGUCCCGUUGGCUUGAGUCAGACUGAUUGGCUCUCUCCUCUACCACUUUCUCUCUGGAAAGCAUUUGUCAUCGCCCCUAGUGCCUGAAAAGAGACCCUUGGUCUAGCCUCUUGCUCCCUUGUCCUCUCUCCCCUCCCUUCCUCCACUUCCCGUCCCCACUCCCCCCCCCCCCCCCCCCCCCCCCGCCAGACCUCUGACUCCUUUUCUCUUAGUCUCUGGUAGUUCCAGGCCUGUGGUCCAGCUGCUAGCCCAGGAUCCAUGACCUGUUGGUUGCCACCUCCAGUCGAUUUCCUGCCCUACCUGCCUUUCUUCUUUCCUGGCUCAGACCUAUAUGGCUAUGCCCUGACGCUGCCCUUGGGGAGGCCUGCUACUUGUGUGUGGCCCAGCUUGUCCAGGCCCUGAGAUGCUGUCUCCAGGCAACCAUACACUUUCCUGGGGAGGAAACCAAUAUGAGAAGUGGGGGCUGGGCACAGAUUCAUGUUUGCUGGAUGGUCUUGGGUGGAGGGAAACCCAGGUCAGUUCUGGGAAUCCUCAGGUCUGCAGCCAGCCAGUGAGCUGCGUUUGUACUCUGCUGGUGCCCACUGCUCCUCCACUGCUCCUCCUUGUUUCUAGGAGACAGACUAUUCUCCAUCUGGCAGUUGACCUGCCUGAGCCAGUGUGUCUGUCUAUGGUAACUGAGUGAACCAUAAUAAAGGGGAACAUUUGGCCAUAUGUA